AAGCGUGAAUCACGGUUAUCUCCAUCACUAUUACUUUUUUUUUCUUCCCUCCCCAUUGCGCCUCGCUCUCUACCCACCUACAUCUUACACCUUAACUUAACUUCACAUCACUUAACAUUACCUAGCGAAUAUUACUUGCUUACAUUGUUCUUGUGCGUGCUUAAUGCAUUUUAAAGCGUACACUUGCACUGUGCAUCCAUUGUGUCAUUCACGAUUGAUUGGCUGCUUACCAACAAAAGCGCGUCUAAUACUUAUCUAGAUAUUUACAUAAAUUCUACCCUACCCAUUACACCUCUCAAAGCCGUUGCUUCGUCGCUAUGAUUAAUUGACCAUUCCAUUCUUUUCAAGAUCGCGGCCGUUCCCGCGGUGUUUUGAAAAAGAGGCGCUAUGGUUAUGAAGCAGGAUUUCAGCGCUCCGCGCAAGAAAGCGCUGACAACCUACGGGAAAGCCCCCCGUAAAAGACAACCAAAGACGACUUUUACUCCGCCCGCGUUCCCCCCUAUACCCGAGGACGAUGACUCUACCUCGAAACGCAAAGCUACCGUAGCGCAUCGUCGACCUUCACUUCUUACCUCGCCAUUGCGAAAGCCUUCAUCGCCUUCUACAAGUCUCGAUAGGAAGAUCGAUGCAAAAGUAAAUACCGCUAGCCUACUGGAGAAUGGACAAAGCUCAGAUCGGAAGCGAAAGAUAUCCCAAGUGUAUUCGUCUAAGGGACGGACACAGGAGCAUCCCCAGCCUGAUCAAGCUCCCAUCCUCCCCAACCAUGUACCACACCGAUCGCGUUUAUCUACUUCUACCAAUAGCCACCAAACAGUUCGCCCUAUCGCGCGCCAGCGCACCUUCUCGGCCUCAUCGGAACAAAUGGUUGCUGAACCUACUGAAGCUAGACUAUCAAGCCCACCCCCAACACCGACUUUGCCGAGGGCUUUGGGGCGACCUAAGACUCUGGCUGCCAAAGGCUCGACGUCAUCAGCACCAGGUGCAAACGCGGCGGGGAAGGAGAAGCAGGGAAGUAUACAACAACAAAUACCUCUGCGCCUCGGCCGCGAAAGUCUCAAGAAACCAAAACCCUUAGUCCCGUCUUCGAAUGGCGUGGAUGAGGAGGUCCGGUCAGCCAUCCAAUCAGCUCCAGAUGGCGCUUCUAAGAAGCGUAGGAAGCGGUUGAUUGAUGCAUUGGUGGAGCAGAGCAGAGACGAAGAAGCCGACGAAAUUGACGAGAGUAAUGAAGCAAUUGAGGACCUUGAAAACCCGAGCCUGCCGACUCUAAGUCACCAGGUCUCCAGCGACAUUUCAAUGCUUGACUCGCAACCCUUGCCCCAAACCCCAAACCGAAUUGUUUCGACAGCUCAAUUGACCGCCACGAGAACCUUUGCACGCUCCACCAGCGCACUAAAAUUUACAUAUGGCCAGAAUAGGAAAGUUCUCGAGGAGGAGGGUGAUCUACUCGAGUCCCUCACUUUUCCUGAGUUGUCGGCUCCAUUGAAGGGUAGGCGUUUGGAACUUGGGACUCCGAAGAAAAAUACCAGCACCAGAGGCGUUCUGGAUGAAGAUGACCCUUCUAUUACUGGCUCGCCAAAUUCGAAACUUCGAGACAUCCAUGAGUUAAAACAGGCUGGAGCGAAUUCUCGUGUGGCUGAUACCAUGCAGGACUUAGCCGACCAGAUUGGUUCCCCAAGUGAGAAGCCUUCAUCGUCUCGAAGGGCAGCAUUGUUGCAAGUGGCGGAGAAAAUAAAGGAUAAGACCUUCAUGCGACAAUGCCGCGAUUUUGGUGCCGAGGCGGCAUUAUUUAAAGAUAUGGGGAAAGAAUCGGAUACUAUUUCAGGAUAUCUUAUUUCAGCAAUCCUCGCGACGAUACUUGCAAAAUGGCCAUCUACGCAUACACAGCAACUCGUCAGGCUCGGUGCCCCGGCGAAUAUGUUUGCUCACCUUCUCGGUACAUCGCGGGAUAUCAAGCUGAUAGCGCGAGACCGAAAGAGCAACUUAUCCAAAAGAAGCCAAACAUCGCUCAUUGCUGUUCAAAGUAUGCUAUGCGGGUUAUCAGUUUGGGAUAAGGCUAGCCCAUCCUGCAUUUCGCCUAGGAGUCUCGCCCUCAAAUGUUUGCACCUACUUGUUACACAGGAUGUCAACAUAAUCGGAGACCCCUCAAUUAUCUCUCCAGCAGUGAUAAAAGGCCUCUUUGCAGUACUCUCGGAGGCCGCCGAGAGUACGAAGAGCUGGGAUUAUCCUGCGGCAUCAGAAGCGAUCGACCUUGUCCACGCCCUAUCGAUUCUCAACUUCUAUGCUAUGAACAUUGCUGUAUCACGGCGCGGAAACACUGAUUGGGCCGCUCAAUACCUCCCAACUGUGGCUGAUGUCUUCAAAACCUUACAGACCGUAGAGCCGGAUACUAAGGCCCAAGAAACCGAGACUAGACUACUCGAAGGCUCCGUUUUAAGACUCAUUAUCAACAUCACGAAUAACAACUUAGAGGCGCCAGAGAUAUUUGUGUCAAAAGGACUUAUACCAGCUCUCGCUGGUUCGAUCACGAGCAACUUUGCUCAGGUUUGGGCGUCUCUAUCUCAGGACGCCUGGGUCGACGGAAUUUUGGACGGCUUGGUCCUUCGGUUGGGGAUUAUGAUCAACUUCUCCGAACACAGCUCUCUCGUAAGACACGUGAUUGACGAGUGUAAGCAUGAUGAUCAACGACCAGUUGAGGAGCUGAUCCGAUUAUUCUUGGAAAACUAUCGGAGAACAGCAGAGGCCGACUCAGUGGAAACUAGUCAAUUGAACGUUGCGUUCGGAUACUUGUCAGUUUUGCUUGGUUACCUGGCUUUGUAUCCGCCGGUACGUCAAAAAAUACGAUCAGCCCACAAGGCGAAGAGUAUAGGACCUUUGCUCGACUCGUUACGCGAGUUCAUUACCCACCAUAAGAAAGUGGAGAGCCAGAACGGGGAAGAAGAUGACGAGGACCCACAGGACCAUCAUGGGUACACAGAGCGGCUUCAGGAUCUAGUACGCCAGCUUGAGGAACAAGCAGCGCGUGAUUAACUUCAGAGACAACCCCCUCAGGGACUAGGUACAUUCUAGAGGGCUAUAUGCACGAUUUAUUAUGAUUGGGAAAUGUUU